AUGCCAGCCGCGCGCAACCACCGCCGCGACGUCCACACGGCGCCCUUCAACCUCGACGCCUUGCGGCGCUACAUCGCCAACGACAGGGUGCGCAAGGCUGCGAUCGAGCUCGACAAGGCCAUCGACCCUCGAUGCAACGGCUUCAACGACGCCAUGAUUCGUAAAAUCUACGGCCGCGACGGACCACUGCGGAACUCGAUUCUGUUUACGAUUCUACGCCACCCAAAGGCCAAGGAGCUGCUCAACCACCCAGUCAUGCGCCAAGUCGAAAACAUCAAGUGGCAGAACUUCGCAUGCUGCAUGUACAUGCAGCAGCUCAUGCUCUACCUCUUGCUGCUCACGACGCUGACGCUGUCCGUGACGAUGGACCUGAGCGACGGCGAGUCGCCCAUCUUCCACACGCAGCUGCUCGUUUGGCUCAAUCUCGGCGUUGCCCUCGUGCUCGGACUUGUUGCGACCAACUUUUUUACCUACGCCAACCGCAAGCGCUGGGCCUUCCAGUCCAUCGUCGUCAUCGGCCUCGUGCUUCUCGUGCUCAAUCUGUGCGCCGAACUGAUCGCUGCGCACGUCAACUGGAUCUGGUUCGUGCGCUGCAACAACCUCGUGCUGGCGCCCACGACGCUGUACUUUAUUCGGUUCGAGAUCCUCGAGCUCUACGGCGAAGUCAACGUCGACGCGAACCCGACCUUUGUGCAGCUGCUCGAGGUCGCCGUCGAAGCCAUUUGCGACUUCUUCCUCAUCUUCAUCGGCCGCAACGCGGCACACUACUUCGAGUCGUUCUUCAACAAGGUGCAGCUCCCGACGUUCGUUGCGAUCCUCGUCUUCGUCAUCACCGAGACCUUUUACCCGUCCAGCGACGACGUCCGCCUGUACUUUGGCAUCAUCAUCACGUUCGCCUCAUGGGCCCUUGGGAUUCAGUACCUCGAGAUCCACAACACGGCCGGGUACCUCAUCUCGCUCAUGACCUUCAUGCUCAAGGACGUCGUCAAGUUCAUGGCCUUCUACCUCCCGUUCCAGUGUGCAUAUGCAAUUGCGUACUACCUCCUCUUCGAAGGCCGCGGCGUCGACGCCUAUGCCACGAUCGCCCACAGCUUCGUGACCACUUUCCUCGUCAUGCUCGGCCAAAUCGACCUUGAUCCGUUUGAGGAGCUCCCGGCGCCGGGCCCAUAUGUGCUCGGCUACGCACUCCUGCUGACGCAUGCGACGCUUGUGAUCGUGAUGCUCCUCAACGUGCUCAUUGCGAUGCUCAACAAAUCGAUGGACAAGGUCAUGGAGAUGGCCAAGCUCGAGGCGCGCGUGAGCUUCGCCGAGUGCAUCAUCCGCAGUGAGAAGACCAUCGGCCUCCGCGCGAUGCCCGCGGUGCCCACCAACGAGUCAACGCAGUUGAUCCACAGUCAUAUCAUGCUGGAGGUGGAAGUCGACAACGACGACGAUGGAGACGUGUCGGAGGACGAGCCCGAGACCGACAACGAGACUCAAAUCGCCGCGCUGCACGCCAUUGUCCGUGACGAAAUCGCCCGGAAUGACCGCCUCGAAGCCAUGCUCCGCAGUCUCACGCAGCACUUUGACAUCGUCGUGCAGUAA